UUGGCGGCUACAGCAGGUGACCGCAGUAAAUUCGCGGAAGACACCAAGUUGGGCUUGUUGGGAGUGUUGGUCUGCUGGGUCUGCGGAGGGAUCUGGACCGGCCGCGGACAGUGGUGUGAGGUUCAACAAGGCAACAUCAGGAACGACACUGAGGUGCUGGAGCAACUCCAGAGAAGUGCAACGGAGCUGGUGAAGGGUCUGGAGCACAAGUCUGAUGAGGAGCGGCUGAGGGAGCUGGGCGUGCUUAACCUGGAAAAGAGGAGGCUCAGGGGAGACCUCAUGGCUCUCUACAACUACCUAAGAGGAGUUUGUAGCCAGGUGGCUUCAGCCAGGAAGAACUGCUGAAAAUAUGGAAGGGCCUGUUCUAUUGUAUGUGGAUGCAGGAUAAACCUCUGCUACAGGAGGAACUUGCAGCAAAUAUCUCACAGCUUAUCCACGUGUUUCAAAAUACAGAGGCUCGACACCUGUUCCUCCAGACGUUUUGGCAAACGAUGAGCCGCGAGUGGAGCGGGAUAGACAACCUGCGCCUCGAUAAGUACUACAUGCUGAUGCGUCUGAUUUUGAGGCAGUCCUUUGAGGUGCUGAAAAGAAAUGAGUGGGAUGAAAGUCUAGUUGAACCAUUACUGCAGCUGCUAAUGAAAGAAGUUAUGGACCCAGACAGCAAUUCUCCCAGUGGGAUAAAGUUACAUUUCAUUGAUAUCUAUCUGGAUGAAUUGGCUAAAGUUGGUGCAAAGGAGCUCACAGCAGACCAGAAUCUCAAGUUCAUUGAACCUUUCUGCAGACUUGCUGCCAAAUCAAAGGACCGGUGUUUGCUGCACGCUGUAGCCACCGGAAUCUUUGAGCUGAUUGUGGAUCAGUCCCCCUUCGCCAUCGAGGACCUGAUGAGAGAACUGGGUAGCAACAGUGAUGAGGAGGAUGUUUCCGAAGAAGACAAACAGGAAGAGGAGGAGGUGCCUAAAACCAAAGCAGACAGAUGUUUUUCAAGAAAAUCAGCACAGAGCUCUGAAAAAACAGAGGAUAUUGAUGAAAAUGCUGAUGAUGGGAUCGGGACUGUUCUUCAGUUUGAUUACAAGUCUGUUGCGGACAAACUCUUCGAAUUGGCGAGCAAGAAAAACACACCUUCCCUGAACAGGAAGCGUCUGUACAAGCUGGUCAAAAAGUUCCAGGACUUAGCAGAAGGAAUCUUCCCCCAGGAUAUUCCCGAAGAUGUUUCUCCAGAUGAAGAUGAUGAUGACGAAUUCGGCAGGCGAAGGCGAAAGAAAAAAUCUGUCAAGCCUUGGGAGAAAAACGAGCUGGACAAAAUAAAAGAGGAUAAAGAAGAGCUGUCAAGUGCGAAGAUGCCAUCAGUUCCCCAGAAGAAGAGGAAAAAAAGGAAGAAGAGGGACAGCCCAAAGGCUGAUCCUGGAACAGCUGAUGGAAAUUGUGAGGAGGGAACAGCUGAAACAUCUGGAUCUAAUGUUUCUAGCCAGGAAAAGGUGCCAGAAAAUAUCAAGGAGAAGAAGAAAAAGAAAUUGUUACUAAACGAGGCAAAUGAGACCACAAAUGUAGCAACUGAUACCAGAGAAAAUCACAGUAUCUCUGCACAGAACAGUCUGACCUACACAGAACAGAGUAAAAAGAGUCAGCUGAAGAAAAUGAAUCCAAAAGUACAGAAUGUUCCUGCAAAACCAGCGUGUCAGAAUGGACCGGCUAAUGCCAGGGCAGCAGAGGAUGUCAGCCCGUCUGACACACCCUUAACUCCUAAGGCUGUGAAGAAGAAACAGAAAGCAGGGGCUGUCCUGGUGAAUGGGGAUCCCCUUCUGCAGCAGAGUGACAGGAAACCCGACAAGGAGGGAUUUCUGGGGACCCUGCCAAAAAAUGCAGGGUCUGAAUCUGCGCCCUCCGGAAAGGUCACACUGAAGACAAAGGCAAAGCUGGUUGGCUUGGAAGGGAUGAAAGUCUCCAGUCACAGUGCAGCAACCUUGAAAAAGAAGAGAAAAGUGAAAGAGGUGCUGAACUCUGUCGAGGCCAAUGGGAUUCUGGAGACUGCAUGCAAGAAAAGCAGGAAAGGGGAAAGCAGUGAUGCUCUGUCACCAUUAAAGAAAAAGAAAGCAAAACCAGGGAGCGAUUUUGUGAAAUUUGAGAAAACAACUUUACCAAAGGGAGUGUUCUUCAGGAAAGCCAGAAGCGCCAUCUCUUCCACCAGGACACCCUUGCAGCUGAACAAGCUGCAGACACCCACCUGCAAAAAAGUCACAUUUGGCUUGAAUAAAAACAUGACUGCUGAAUUUAAAAAGACUGACAAAAGUAUAUUAGUGAGCCCAGAGGGACCCUCCCGUGUGGCUUUCAACCCUGAACAGAAACCUCGUCAUGGGGUGCUGAAGUCACCCACAGUUACCCCAGCGAGAGAGCCCCAGAUGAAGAAACCAUUUACUGUGUCAGCUAAGAAGAGACCAACUGCUGUGGACUUCUUUUAAACCGACAGAUGUGGCCUACUUUUGUACAGGACAUUUUGCUAAGCUAGAAUGUUCUCUGGAGGUAUUUUGAACUUCUUUAUUUUUUUAAGUUAAAUACAGAUUGUAUAUACAAAAUUCUGAUUGUGACCUGGGUCAUCGCUAUUUUGAAACCACUUCAGCUGUAUCUUGAAAUACCUGUUUUGUGUAUUUACAGAAAAGAAACAAAAUCCAGUCUCUGCUCAGGUUUGGUCUACAAAAAGUAUGGUCUCUGCCCAUGUCAUUCCCAAGAGACUUGUCCAUUUAAUUAAGGAAUGUUCAGGGUUUGAUUGUUCCAGUGAUUUUUUUUUUUUUUUUGAGUCAGUGCAAGACAACUUGCACUUCAUGCUGUUAAACUGUCUUUCAUUGGGCAGGGCUUAAAAAGGAAAAAAAGGCAAUGUAGAUUUUAAGCCUACUUGUGCUCAUUAUUUUAAAAUUUUGCUCUGACAUUUUUUCGUGUGUUACCCUUGGCAUCCUGUUAAUUCUUCUGGAAAUAAUGAUUACCUCGUGUCUCUGUUUUAGUAACAGCUGGACUUGGGUAGCUUUACAGGUAGCAAGCAAGCUUUCCCUGGGAUAAGAAAUGCCUCGCUGCUCAAGUGGUCACUGCUGCAAGUAAACCUUCACAGCUGGUUGCCUGCUGAGUUGGGGACAGCCACCACAUUAUUUUCAGUAACACAAGUGCCAAAGCUGGCUUGUGCUGUCACUGUAAGCUGGCUCCUUCCCUCCGCCCUAACUGAAAUCGUGCUCUUGUGCAGGAGGAAUCUUGGACAUUUCCAGGUCUUUUCCCCAGCCUCCCAACUGUUGCCUUUCCUGAAGGUCUGACAGGACUCCUGGUUUGGUGCUUCUCAGUACAGGUAAAACUUUGAAGCCCCAGGCAGCUUGGUUUUUGGUUUUGAUGUAGAACCAGAAGAACUCUUGUCAGCAGCGUUUCUUGGCGUUAAGUUUUUAUUAUUUGGGUAUUUUAUUGCUACUCUGCAUGUUUUGGUUUUUUUCUUUGCUUUUUGGUAAAGAAUGAGGUGCCUUUCCAUGAGAGACCGGUAAUGUUCUCUUAGGGGGAACAGUGAGGAAGGGGAGAGCAAAUGAAAAUAAAAACUCUUUGGAUAUGAUUGGAAGAUUUGACUUUUUUUUUUUUUUUUGAAGUUUUGCUAAUGCAAAUGAGGCAAAGGCUUUGCAGCAGAUCUCUACAUUAGAGCUCAGCUUGAAGGCACAGCCUGGUGCCAGAGCAAAGUUGUUCCUGAAGUUUCCCACUAGUUACUUCUGGGAUUCUGCAAGAGAGAGGGUGAACCUGCUUCAUUCCCUUGUCUUAUGGUAACUGGAUUAUCAGUUAAAUAAACUGAUAAAUGUUUAUUUAGCUACUUCAGCCAGCAGAGUUACAUUUGGUGUCUUAUCUGCAUAUUUCAAUACUGGUUUUUACCAGUCCUUGUUAUUGACUGUCCUCUGCCAGAUGACUCCUCUUAAGCAACUGGAUUGAAACUGUUCUUUUGUAGCUUAUCUAGAAUUGCUUCAAAAUACUGGUGUGCUUGCAGAUCGCUGGUUGGUCUCAGCUGGUCAAUUCUCAUCCGUCCCAGUUCUUGCACUAAGUUUGCAACAGUCCAUGGUUUGUGGUACUGCCAGAAAGUCACUUUGCUCUUGUCUUUUCUCACUUACAGUGAAGGACUGAAUUUCAUUUGGUUUUGGGUUUGGUUUAGGCUGUAUUUGUUUGACUGAUCAAUAAAGAACUCUGGAGAAUACACUGAUAAAAUUAAUGAUACUUGUUUGAGCAAGUAUUGCUCCUUUAUGUUUUAAAAAAAUUCUCAUUGUAUAUUAGCCUAAUGGAUUUUUUUUUUAUUUUUUUUUUUUUAAACGAGGUGAUGGUAAGUAGGGUGUAACAGCCUGUUCAAUAUGUUGUACUGUUAUUUUGUACUGUGGGUGAAAAGUCUGUUGUGGAAUAUGCAUAAAAGCAUUUGUAUGUGCAUGGUUGCUGAUGCCUUAGGUUGAAGAUGCCACAUUCCUCCAAGGAUACCGAUGCAAACAAUCAGUCAGUGGAUCUGGUGUGCACAGAAAAAUCCAGUAUCAGGACACACUGGAGUUUGGUUUGGGCUUGUUUUGGUUUUAAUACAUAUAACUUAUGAUGGAAAUGUAUUUGAAUGGUUGUCUGGAUCCUUUUCUGUUGAUGGUGGAUCCAUUGAACCUGUUGCUUGUACAAAUAUUUUGUUGGCCACGGUGUUAAAUGGAGAGGCCAGAAAUGGCAGUCAGAUUUUGAUCUAUAAUUUUAGUGAUGUGAUUGCUCAUUGGGAUUCAUCUGUAAUCCAUCUGUGCCAUGAAUCUGGUGGAAUGUUUUGUAAAUAUUACAUAUAUAGUGUGUAUUGUCUUCAGUAGUGUCUGGAAUUUCAUUCAGGACAACUUUACAACAAAACUCACUGUCAGUGCAGUUUAGUCAGCCCUGGUGGGUUAAAAUUGAAUACAAAUUACCCAAAAUAUUUGGAUAGUGACAAUUCCAAUAAACACUGAAGACAAAAACAAAUGAGAAAGAAAUGUAACAUCUGGGAUAUCCACUGCACAGACACAAUGGCACUGUAAGGAGAGAUGUAUUGAUAGGAAAAGAGAAAGGAAAACCUCAUCUGAUCUGUUUGAUGUUGCUUCAUAGAUUUUUUUCAGUGUUAUCCCAUCCUUCCAGCUGCCAGCUAUGCUCUGAGUCAAAACUAAUGUGUCAUAACUUUUAAAGGACAGUAUUUUAUAAUGAUUGUCUCUACGUUUUUGUUACAAAUCUGAUCAACUUUCUCAAACUCUUUAACAGUUGAUAAUUCCUUAUAGUUUCGAGAGAACUCAAAAGCACAAAAUGAAUUCAGCAAGGCAAAAUGUUGAAGUUGUAUUUAAAUUAUUGGAUAUGCAAGGUCUUUUGUAGUCUAUGAAAUCUACGUGACUUGGAAAGCAUCAAGCGCCCUUUGACAUUUAUUACCUGUGCUUAGUUUUAAUUACAGGCAGAAAAAUAUCAUUUGAUGUACCUCUGCAAGAGCAUUGUUAAUACAAAUACAGUGUCUAAGCAUUGACAUCAUUUAAUCUAGACCAAUAAACCAUAUUUUUUGUGGA